UGGGGGAGGCGGCGUGGGGCCCGGAGUGAGCGGAGCGCGCUCCCGGCGGACGCGGCGCGGCGCCCGGCGCGAGGGUCCGGGAUGGGCAGCCAUCAGUCUUCUCAGGUGCCGUCCGGCUCAGAGGGUCUUCACGCCGAGCGCGGGCAGGUCUGCGCCAGCAGCUCGGAAGCCCACCAGAGAACCGGGAGCGCCGGGGUUAAUCCCUCGGGCCAAGAAGGGGGGGCAGACCCCGAACCCCAGGAUCAGAGACAGCAGGGUCCCGGGCCGGGACCAGAGUGCCUGCUUCCGAUGCCGUUCCCCUCGGGCUGCGUGAGCGCCGGCCGGGCCUCUGCCGCAGACAUGGAGAAACUCAGUGCCCUGCAGGAGCAGAAGGGCGAGCUGCGCAAGCGGCUGUCCUAUACCACGCAUAGGCUGGAGAAGCUGGAGACGGAGUUCGGCUCCACGCGCCACUACCUGGAGAUCGAGCUGCGGCGGGCCCAGGAGGAGCUGGACAAGGUUACCGAGAGACUGCGCAAGAUUCAGAGCAACUACCUGGCGCUGCAGCGGAUCAACCAAGAGCUGGAGGAUAAGCUGUACCGGAUGGGCCAACACUAUGAGGAAGAGAAGCGUGCGAUGAACCACGAGAUUGUCGCCCUCAACAGCCACCUGCUGGACGCCAAGGUGACCAUUGACAAGCUGUCGGAGGACAACGAGCACUAUAGGAAGGACUGCAAUCUAGCGGCCCAGCUGCUGCAAUGCAGCCAGAACCACUGCAGGGUCCAUAAGUUGUCAGAGCUGCCCCUGGAAUUCCAGGAGUGUGUGAGCCUGCAUAUGGAGAAGCAUGGCUGCGGCUCUCCGCUGUGCCAUCAGGCCUGCGCUGAUUGCGUGCCCCCGUGCAUCCUGGCCAAGGUGCUGGAGAAGCCAGACCCUGGAAGUCUGUCCUCGCACCUGUCGGAUGCCUCUGCCUGCGACCUGAGCUUCUGCGAGGGAGUGGAGGAGAAGUCGGGCCAACGACCCCCGUACAAGGAAGACAUCUACUGCAGCAACGCGGCUCUCUACUGCCCUGAAGAGCACCAGCAUGACCGGCGCCCCAGCGUGGAGACACCGAUGGCCGACGUGGGCUAUCUGCGAGCGCAGAAUUCCAUCGACAGCGCGGCAGAGGAGGAGGAGGCCGGGGCGGCGGCCUACCCUGAGGCUUUCCGCCGCCGCGAUGCCUACCCGGGCUACGCGGCCUCGCUGCCCACGUCCAGCUCCUACUCCAGCUUCAGCGCCACGUCCGAGGAGAAGGAGCACGCGCAGGCGAGCACGCUGACCGCCUCGCAGCAGGCCAUCUACCUAAACAGCCGCGACGAGCUCUUCAACCGCAAGCCGCCUGCCGCCGCCUAUGGGAGCAGCCCUCGCUUCGCCUCGGCCUCGGCCUCGGCUACCCUGGCCUCCCCGCUCGAGGGCCAGGUAGCCCCAGGCUAUGCUCGGACAGUGUCUCCGUACCAGGCCGAGUCCUACCGCUUCCCGACCUCGCCAAGUCCCCAGCAGGCUCUGAUGCCUCCGAAUCUGUGGAGCCUGCGGGCCAAGCCAAGCGGUGACCGGCUUGUCGGAGAGGACAUGCGAGGCCAGUGGCGACCCCUGAACGUGGAGGAUGUCGGCGCCUAUCCCUACCAGGCGGGCAACGGAGGCCGCGACUCGCCCUUCUCAGAACGUUUCUACCGCGGCGGCGGCAGCGGCGGCCGCGAUGGUCGUGAUGGUCGCGAUGUUCGCAAUGGUCGCGAUGUCCGCGAUAUCCGCGAUGUCCGCGAUAUCCGCGAUGUCCGCGGCGGCGGUCGCGGCGGCGGCGGUCGCGGCGGCGACAUUGGCGGAGGCGGUGCAGCUGGCGGCGGCAGCCCGGGCAAUAGCGCUGAGGGCCGUGCCAGCCCCCUCUAUGCCUCCUACAAAGGCGAUAGUUUCUCGGAGGGCGAUGACCUCUCCCAGGGUCAUCUGGCUGAGCCCUGCUUCCUCCGAGCAGGUGGGGAGCUGAGCCUCAGACCCAGCCGUUCCGUUGACCCUCUCGCUGGCUAUGCAACCGGUGAGAGAGAUAGGGGCAGGGAGAGGAAUAGGCUCCGGAUGCAGCUGUGUGGGGCUGGCAGCAGCCCUGAGCCUGAGCAAGGUUCCAGGGAUUCCUUGGAGCCCAGCUCCAUGGAGGCCUCUCCUGAAAUGCACCCUCCCGCUCGUCUUAGCCCCCAGCAGGCCUUCCCCAGGACUGGAGGCGCUGGGCUGAGCCGUAAGGACAGUCUCACUAAGGCCCAGCUCUACGGUACCCUGCUCAACUGACUGCCACCAGCAGGCUGCAGUCAGGGGCCCCCACCUUAUCCUGCCCCAAAGAGGGAGUAGUCAACCCCCCACGUGCCCAACCCCUGCUGCCCCAAAGAGGGAGUGGUCAGCCCCCCACGUGCCCAACCC